CAUGAUUGGUCAGACCGCUUUAUUGUGCUGUAGAAUCUGAGGGGACUGUUCAAGGGAUUAACUGCGACAAAGGAGUCCUAAAUAGUCUGGCAUCAUGACGACGCUGGAUGAUAAGAUUCUAGGGGAGAAGCUGCAGUAUUACUACAGCAGUAGUGAAGAUGAAGAGAGCGACCAUGAGGAAGACGAGAAUGCACACAAAACCAUCCGUGACCAGGAAGUGCUGGACGUGGAGCUCGACUACAGCGCAGAUGGCAGUUCAGUCAACACUGGGCCGAAGGGAGUGAUCAAUGACUGGCGUAAAUACAAGCAGCUGGAGAACGAGCAGCGCAUCGAGCAGCAGAAAGAGAUGGAGAAACUGAUCAAAAAACUCAGCAUGACCUGCAAAUCACAUCUGGAGGAAGAAGCUGACAAGCAGAAACAGAAGGAGCUGCAGGAUAAACUCACAGGCAAACUAAACCUGCGUGUGGAAGAGGAGGAGGAUGAUGAUGAUGAUGAAGCGUUCCUCCAGCAGUAUCGUCUGCAGCGGAUGGAGGAGAUGCGGCGGCAGCUGUGUGGAGGCCGGCGCUUUGAGAAGGUGAUGGACAUCUCUUCAGGAGAGGAGUUUCUACACGCCGUCGACGAGGAGGGAAAGAGCACGCUGGUGGUGGUCCACAUCUAUGAGCCUGAGGUGCCCGCCUGCCAGGCCAUGGAUGGCAGCCUGCUCUGCCUGGCACUGCAGUACCCGAUGGUGAAGUUCUGCCGGGUCCGUGGCUCGGCUGUGGGCACCAGCGCUCUCUUCCGCAGUUCUGCUUUACCCGCGCUGCUGCUUUACCGCGGUGGAGAUCUGGUGGGGAAUCUGGUGCGUGUGUCCGAUCAACUCGGAGACGAUUUCUACGCCACAGACGUGGAAGCGCUGCUGCAAGAGUACGGCCUUCUGCCAGAGAAAUACGCACAGCCCAACACACACUCCUCCAUUCGCAAUGCCGCAGUCACAAACCCCAACGAUUCAGACAGCGACCUCGAUGUAGACUAAAUGCUUACAAUAAGAUCUCUAUACACAUACUACAUGCAUAUUGUGUACAAAAAUAAUAAUAAUAAGAGACCAUGUGACAAAUUCAAAGUUUCUCUGGAUUUAUUAAAUAUGGGUUUGAGUAAAAGGGAUAGUUUAAAGGGGUAGUUCACACAAAAUUUAAAGUUUACUCAGUGGUUAUAAACCUUUGAGUUUCUUGCUUCUGUUAAACACUAAAGAAGAUACAUUGAAGAACGCUGGAAACCUGUAACCAUUGACUUCCAUAGCAAGAAAAGCAAAUACUGUGGAAGUCAAUGGUUAUGUUUUCCUCACAGAAAUGUCUUAUUGUGUGUUUGACAGAAGAAAGAAACUCAAACCGGUUUGAAGCGAGUAUAGAUUGAGUAAAUAAUGACAGACGUUUCAUUUUUGAGUGAACUAUCCCUUUAAUAUUUGUUUUAUUUUACUGUUAACAUUUCUCUCACAUUUGAAAUAAAAAAUAUUGUCAUUUAGAGCAUUUUUGGUCAGAUUGUCAGUCAGAAUACCACGUUUUCAUUUAGUUCUGAUUGAAAAUCCGGCUUAAUUGAUCAAAUGCUGAUUUCUUAACUCUUCUUAGGUUAAAAAUAUUGGGAUUAUUCUUAAAAAGAAGAUAAACAUUAUUAAUAAUGAAUGAGUGCACCAUUUUUUUAUUUUAAUGUAAAAGAAUCUAAAUGAUAACAUUAUUUUAAAUAAAAUGUCGUCAGUGGAUUACAGAGUAAAACAAAAAUGACUCUUUAAUCAAAACUGUUACACUUUACAGUAAGAUUUCAUUAGGUAAUGCAAGUUAAUGUUCAACUUUUUCGAAUGCGUUAUUAUUAACAUCUAAAUUCGUGCUAGUUUAGAUUAGAGCUAAACAAUGGGAUGUCAAACUCAGUUCCUGGAGGGCCGCAGCACUGCACAGUUUAGUUUCAACCCUGCUUCAAUACACUUACCUGUAGAUUUCAAACAAGCCGGAAGCACUCAAUUAGUUGGAUCAGGUGUGUUUAAUUAGGGUUGGAACUAAACUGUGCAGAGCUGCAGUCCUCCUGGAAUUGAGUUACAUCUGUGGAUUAGUUAAUGCACUUAGACAGGGGUGCCCAAACUCUGUCCUGGAGAGCCGGUGUCCUGCAUAUUUCAGUUCCAACCCCAAUUAAACACUCUUGAGCUAGCUAAUCAAGCUUUUUCAAGGUAUACUAGAAACUUCCAGGCUGAUGUGUUAAAGGAAGUUGGAGCUAAACUAUGCUGCGCACCGGCCCUCCAGGACCGAGUUAGGGCACCCCUGCACUAGGAGUUAACAUGAACGAACAAUGAAUGACUUGAUUUUCAUUACCUAACAUUAACAGAGAUAAAUAAAUAUGUUAAUAAAUGUACCGUCCAUUUUUUGGACAUGAUAAGUGAACUAACAUAAACUAUUUGAACCUUAUUGUAAAGUGUUUUUUUCAUAGCUGUUUUUUUCUUUUAUACACUCACUGUUCAGACCCAAUACAGUGACCAAAAACUACGGUUGCAGAAACAUGUCAGAUACACUAAUAUAUACAUGAGAGCUCUGUACAAAUGUAAUGCCGCUGACACAUCACCGUUACUGGACCAAAACAGUAGAUAUCAUUUGAUGUAUGUAUGUAUGCGUGUGUGUGAGAGUCAUUUAAGACACUUCCAGAAUCAGGAGUGUUUCUUUAUGCAAGAAAAAAAAAAACACCUUCGGAGAAUCCUGCAUUAUUGCUUCUUUAUUUAUUGUAGCUUUAGGAUGUUGUGUUUGUUCACUUGUGUGUUGUCAUUUGGGCUGCAUUCACUUUAGUUCACUUUGCCCUCUGUUAGUUUUAUACAUUUUGUAAACGUGUCUCCAUCAAAGACCAAUGCAAAAAUAAAAGCGUAUGAUUCUGAA